AUGAAGAAGCUGUGCGCUUUCACUGUUUCCUUUUUGUUCCUGAAGUUUUCUCUCAUCUUGUGUAGUUUCACUGAACUCAGUUGCUUUUGGAGGAUGAAGAAUAGUGAAGAUAGUGAUGGAGAUUUGCGAAGUGACUGUGGUUUUGUUCUUUUAACAACCAAGAAAAAUAUUGAAGAUUUUUAUAAUGAUAUUAACGAGGUUAGAAUACCAGCAAGAAGAUAUGAGUUUUUUCUCGUAAUGUUUUUUGCUACUGAUGAGAUCAACAAUAAUCCUUAUCUUUUACCCAACAUAUCUUUGAUAUUCUCCAUCAUUGCUGGCCUUUGUGAAGAUACAUUAGGAGUUCUGGAUGAAAUAUAUUCACAGCAAAACAAUAGUUGGAAUAUUGUCAAUUAUAUCUGUGAAAAGGGGCAACGAUGUGACAUAGAACUUACAGGACCAUCAUGGAAAGCAUCCGUAAAACUGUCAAUUCAUUCUAUGAUACCAUCGGUAAGAAUGUGUGAUACUGGUUGUGUUUUCUUUGGACCAUUUAACCCUAACCUAAGUGACCAUGACCAGUUUCCCUAUAUGUAUCAGAUAGCAACAAAAGAUACAUGUUUGUCCCAUGGCAUGGUCUCCUUGAUACUUCAUUUUAGAUGGAAUUGGUUAGGACUGGUCAUCUCAGAUGAUGACCAGGGUAUUCAAUUUCUCUCAGACUUGAGAGAAGAAAUGCAAAGCCAUGGGAUCUGUUUAGCUUUUGUAAACAUGAUCCCAGAAACCAUGCAGGUAUACAUGAUAAAGGCUAAGAUAUAUGAUAAACAAAUUAUGACAUCAUCAGCAAAAGUUGUUAUCAUUUAUGGUGAAAUGAACUCUACUCUGGAAGUCAGCUUUAGAAGAUGGUCAUAUUUAGGUGUCCAGAGAAUCUGGAUCACAACCUCACAAUGGGAUGUUAUCACAAUUAAAAAAGAUUUCAACCUUGAUUUCUUCCAUGGGACUUUAACUUUUGCACAUCACAAAGUUGAGGUUGCUAAAUUUAGGAAUUUUAUGCAGACAAGGAACCCUGCCAAAUACCCAGUAAAGUUUUUUGAGUCUGUACUGGGUUGGAAUUAUUUUAAUUGUUCAAUCUCUAAGAACAGUAAUUUAAUGGACCAUUUUAUAUUCAACAACACUUUGGAAUGGAUAGCACUGAACAAAUAUGACAUGGUCCUGAGUGAAGAAGGUUACAAUUUGUACAAUGCGGUGUAUGCUGUGGCCCAUACCUACCAUGAACUCAUUCUUCAACAAACAGAAUCACAGAACAUUGCAGAACCCAAUGGUGUAUUCAUUGAUUGUCAGCAGGUGGCUUCCUUGCUGAAAACCAGGGUAUUUACUAACCCUGUUGGAGAACUGGUGAACAUGAAGCAUAGGGAAAAGCAGUGUGUGGAGUAUGAUAUUUUCAUCACUUGGAAUUUUCCAGAAGGCCUUGGAUUGAAAGUCAAAAUAGGAAGCUAUUUUCCUUGUUUCCCACAGAGUCAACAACUUCAUAUAUCUGAAGACUUGGAGUGGGCCACAGGAGGAACAUCAGUUCCUUCCUCCAUGUGUAGUGCGACAUGUACUGCUGGAUUUAGGAAAAUUCAUCAGAAACAAACAGCAGACUGCUGCUUUGAUUGUGUCCAGUGCCCAGAAAAUGAGGUUUCUAAUGAAACAGCAGAUAUGGAACAGUGUGUGAGGUGUCCAGAUGAUAUGUAUGCCAAUUUGGAACAAACCCAGUGCCUCCAAAGAACUGUGUCAUUUCUGGCUUAUGAUGAUCCAUUGGGGAUUGCACUAGGGUGCAUGGCCCUGUCCUUCUCAGCCAUCACAAUUCUAGUACUAGUCACUUUUGUGAAGUACAAGGAUACUCCCAUUGUGAAAGCCAAUAACCGCAUUCUCAGCUACAUCUUGCUCAUCUCUCUAGUCUUCUGUUUUCUCUGCUCAUUGCUCUUUAUUGGACAUCCCAACCAGGCCACCUGCAUCCUGCAGCAGACCACAUUUGGAGUAUUUUUUACAGUGGCUAUUUCUACUGUAUUGGCCAAAACAAUAACUGUGGUCAUGGCUUUCAAGCUCACUACUCCAGGGAGAAGGUUAAGAGGGAUGAUGAUAACAUGGGCAUCUAACUUUGUCAUUCCCUUUUGCACCCUAAUCCAACUUGUUCUCUGUGGAAUCUGGUUGGUAACAUCUCCUCCCUUUAUUGACAGAGAUAUACAAUCUGAACAUGGGAAGACCAUCAUUAUUUGCAACAAAGGCUCAGUUAUUGCUUUCCACGUUGUCCUGGGAUAUUUGGGCUCCUUGGCUCUGGGGAGUUUUACUAUAGCUUUCUUGGCUAGGAAUCUUCCUGACAGAUUCAAUGAAGCCAAGUUUCUAACAUUCAGCAUGUUGGUGUUCUACAGUGUCUGGAUCACCUUCCUCCCUGUCUACCACAGCACCAGGGGGAAGGUUAUGGUAGUUGUUGAGGUCUUCUCCAUCUUGGCUUCUAGUGCAGAUUUGCUAGGGUGUAUCUUUGUCCAAAAGUGUUACAUUAUUUUAGUUAGCUCAAAUUCAAAUUUUCUUCAUAAGUAA